UUAUUUAUUGCUACUGACAAAAGUUUCGUGUUGUUCGCGGGAGCAGAUAGAUACACUUCUACUACCAAAUAAUUUAUAUAUUAACAUUACCAAUUCGUACGCGGAUUCGAAAUCUUAAAAAACAAUCUCUCAGAUCAACGCUUCGAGAAAGCGUUCUGCUACUCACUACAGUUCUUCGCAAGAUAUUCUUUGCGAUCUGUUACAGAAUUGUUGGAUCAGUAUUGUUUAUAGAUAUAUAUAUAUAUAUAUAUAUAUCUAGAUAUAAAAGCAGAUAGAUAAACCAUCUAUACACACAUAUAUAUGUAUACAUAUAUGUAUAUAUAUUUAUAAUCAUAAAAAAACUUAUCACACAGAGAAAAUUCAGUUGGAAAACUCAUAAACACCGCGAUGGAUGAAGCAGAUAACGAUCACAAAAAUGAAAAUUUUGAGAUUCAGCCAAACGACAUUUACGACGAAGAAAGUUUACCGACACCGCUUGACCGCAAGAAUAGUCUGCUGGACACAUACAAAGAGAUAGAAGAUAAGUUUUGUGAUCCAGACAAUCCUGUUAUUAUUACCAUGGAGUCUGUGAUUGCUGCUGCCUUUGCGAACAGGGGUGGAAUAAUCAAAACUCCAUGUACGAAAUCUCAGAUGUCGAAUAACCUAGGGAUGCAUUUGUACUUCAAAAAGGAAUUUUUGCAAAUUACAGGCAGUUUUAAAGAGAGGGGUGCUCGUUACACACUUCUAAUGUUAUCCGCGGAAGAGAAAAAAAACGGUGUCAUUGCUGCAAGUGCUGGAAAUCACGCUUUGGCCCUAUCUUGUCAUGGUAACGACUUAGGGAUACAAGUCACGGUUGUUAUGCCUGUUAUAGCCCCGAUUAUGAAAAUUCAAGCUUGUCAACAGUACAAAGCUAACGUCAUUGUAAAAGGGGAAAAUAUCGCAGAGUCUCGAAUAUUUGCAUUGAAAUUAGCCAAAGAAAAUAACUACACAUAUAUUAAUGGGUUUGAUCACCCAAACAUCCUUGCUGGCGCAGGAACUAUGGGAUUAGAAAUUGUCGAGCAAGUUCCUGAUAUGGAUUGUUGCAUCAUUCCAAUUGGAGGUGGAGGUCUAAUAGCCGGAAGUGCUGUAGCCAUCAAAUUUCUAAUGCCUAAAUGUAAAAUCAUUGGAGUGGAGUCUGAGAGUUGUGCCAGUUAUUCAGCAGCCUUAGCGAAUGGAAAGCCUAUAUUUACAUCUCCAAAUUCAACUCUAGCUGAUGGUCUUGCUGUUCCAAUUGUUGGUUUCAAUGCUUUUGCUACAGCCAAGAAUAUAGUGGACGAGGUGAUUACAGUCAGUGAGAACUACAUUGCUUUAUCCAUUCUGAGGCUUGUAGAACAGGAAAAAGCAGUGGUAGAAGGGGCUGGAGUCGUUGGACUGGCUGCACUAUUACAGGGUAAACAAGAAGAAUUGAAAGGCAAAACGGUUGUUGUGGCUUUGUGUGGUGGAAACAUAGACACACCAGCCUUAGGAAGAGUUAUUGAGCGUGGUCUGGCCGCUGAUGGACGUUUGAUCAAGUUUGUUGUGACGGUCAGUGAUCGACCAGGUGGGAUUGCCGACUUAACUCGGCUUAUUGCCAGCAUUGGCGUCAGUAUCAAAGAAAUUUUCCACGAACGUGCGUGGUUGGCAUCAAAUAUGUUUGCUGUGAAGGUGAAAAUCAUUGCUGAAACUAAAGGACCAAGUCAUACAAAAGAGCUGAAGGAUUUACUUGCCCUUUACUACGAUGAAGUUUUUUGGGGAAAUAAUGUUCACUAGAAAGGGAAAAGGGAAAUUUUAUCAGUUCUUCUUUAAUCGAACCAUUAUAGAGAUAAACUCACAAUUAAAAUAAAAAAAUUAAAUUGAAGCUUUUUUACUUUCAAAGUAAAAA